AUGCGAUUCUCAACCCUUCUUCAAGGGACUCUACCUCUGCUGGCCUUUGCCGCAGACGACAACAGCGAUAAUACAGGCUAUGUAAGGCCUGCUAAGCCUGAUGGUUUACCAUCGAUUAAGCCACCCAUCGAUUACAAUGGCGUUAUCGAACAAGGGUUGAUGGAUAACCUCCCGCCUACACCUAGCCAAAUCAAAUUUUUGUCUAGGAAUAAAUUUCCUGAGGACUGCAUGAACCAUGCGAAGGAAAAUAACCGCGGCCCAGACGAGUUUGAGGUCUUCGAAGUCUACUACGAAGAUUGCCAUGCUCCAUGGAUCAUGUGCCGUCUGAAAGACACGCAUGUCAAUGCGACUACCAUGGCUGAGAUGUUCGGAAGAAUGCCGCUUGGUAUGCGGGAGUAUAUCAAGCACGUAAUACUCUGGAAGCCGAAAGAUCUUCCCGGGGCAGCCGCCUGGGAUGCUGGAGAUGUCAUCGCGAUUAGUGAAGACUCUUUCAAGCUUUACGUCUUCGCACACGAGUUGUCUCACUCACUCGAUGCGCAUGUACAGAUACCCGGCAUCACACCACCUGGGCAGGGCCGUCUCAGCCAAACUCGGAGAUGGGCGGAGCAGUUCGCUCUCGACAACGCGACGGUCAGCGACUAUGCCCGAACCCAAUGGCCGGAGAAUUUGGCAGAGGUCGGAAUUAUCGCUCUGUACAAUACGGUCGUCCCCAACGGCGUAGCGAACCUCAGGGACAAUGACCCUAGCGAAUUUUACCACCAGUACGCCACAUAUGAGACGUACUACCGCGAUAUGAUAACCCCUAAGCCCAACCAGAGCUGCACGCAGAGAGUGCCAGAUUCCAAAAUGGUAUACUGGCCCAAUAUAACGUCAGAUGGGUUCCCGGUAGAAGGCCAUACCAGAAAGGUGGGCGUUACACAAAUCCCACCAGGAUCCUUCCACAACGAGACGUUCAUUCAGCCUCACUCAUGCCGGUAG